ACGCAGCCAUGCUCGCCCGCAGUGUCGUUUUCACCCUUUUAUUCACAAUUCUUAUUGUGGACGCUGCUCUUCCAAGGCUGCGACCCUCGAAGAAAGCGAUGCGAAACUCGCUGGUACGAUUUGGAAAGCGAAGUGAUGUGCCUGAGAACGUUUUCCUAGGAGAAUCUUUCGGGCCAAGUGAGGCUGAAGGUGCUUACUACGAACGAGAACAGCAAAGAGUUCCUGUGUUCAACUCAUACUACUGAUCUCAGCUAGGAUGCUAAGCUACCAUAGCUUCAAUUAUGAGAGGCCACCAUGAAGAUCUGUGCAAUGUUUUGUAAUCCCACCGCUGCAAAUUGAUUCCCCAACCAGAUGUUAAUAAAUGUAUUUUGUG